AUGAAAUAGAAGGAAAAUAAUGAAUUAGAUGAACUUCUAAUAUUAACUUAGAAAUCUAAAUUAUUAGUACCAUAAUUUAAGCGAAUCCAAUAAUAAUGUGAUUUGUAUCACAUUACAUUAUAUUACUUUUAGUUGUUAAAAACAAAUGGCAAAAUACUCAUGUCCUAAAUGUAAUAAGAUGUAAUGUUCAUUGGACUGUUAUAAAACUCAUAGUGAAACAUGCACAUAAUCAUUUUAAAAGGAACAUGAGAUAUAGAAAAUGAAAGGCAUGAAGGCUUCUUUUGAAGAGUAAAUUGAAAUGAAAAAAACACUUAAUAAAUUAUAUGAAGAAGUAAAUUAAGAAUUUAAUAAAGUCAAAAGAUGAAAAUAUUGUUCCAAUGAAUGAAGAAGAGAUAAAUGAUAGAUGGGAUGAAUUAUAAGAAUUAUGUGAAUAAGGGAAAUUAAAUUUAGAUUAAUUGACAUUAGCUGAAUAACAUGAAUUUGCAAAAUUUAUAUAAGAAAUGGUUAUUUAAGAACCUUGGAUUCCAUGGUGGGAAGUUAAUGAUGUAAGCAUUAUUGAUUAAUAUAAAAGGGAGUAUUUUCAUUAUAUGUAGAUGAAUUAGAUUAAAAUUAAAAGACAAAUAAAGAAAUUCAUUAAAAUUCUUAUCUAGAUUUUAGAUCUACCUUGAAAUAGAAAAUUUAAACUGUAGUACCAUUUAAUAAAUUAUGCAAAAUUUAACAUGAAGAUUUAAGAAAUCAUCUAUUUAAUUUAAUGUAAUUUUUACAAUUAUAUAAAUUUAGUGCUUCUAUAUCAAUAAUAGCUAAGGUUCUAGAUGGAGAUAUUAUUGAAUUAAAUAGAGAAUUCUAUAAUAUGUUUACAAUGCUUAGCUAUACUAUGGAUGAUAAUACUUCAUUAAUUGGAAAUUUAGAUCUCUCAUAUAAAAAAUUGAAAGAACAUGCUCAUAAAGUAGAUAAGGGAUUAAUUUUACCAUUUAUUAAUAAAGAGGAUCUAAUUAAAAUAUUCUCUAACAAAUUUUUUGUUGUUGAAAUUUUAUUUUAUGCAUAUGAUGCUAUUCAUUCAAUUGAACAUUAAGCAUAAAAUGAAGAUAAUAGUGAUUUUGUCGAAAAUAAAAAAUUGAUAAAAACAUUAAAUUUGAAAAAAUAAAAAUUGCUGUUUUAUAUUUCUUAUGCUUUAUCAAAAAAUCAUGAAUUCUAUUAGUAAAUAAGAACUUAGAUCAAAGAAUUGAAUGAGUGA